UAAUUAUCUGAAAGGGUUUUAGAGAUAAAAAUUGAAUAGUAAUAAUCACACCAUGAUGCAUUAUUUGCAAAUGAUAUAAUUAUUAUAAGUGGUUAAGUCUAGAAUUUACUUGAUAUGAUGCACCUAAUAGGAUUAUCAAUAAUAUCCAUAUGUGGCGACUAUUUUCGGCCUCCAAGUCAGGUUUUAUUGUUACCUCGUAUCAAAAUGUUAUACAAUAAUCCCCCUGAUUAAAGAUUAAUAUCCUCUCAAAAUUUCUAAAUAAUUAUCUGAUUAAGAACGUAGUAUAUAAACACAAAAUGCACUGCUGAUGGUUGUAGUCAAUUUUGGCACGAUGAAGACUCUAGUUCUGUUCGCAGUUGUUUUGGGCGUUGCCCUUGGUGCCCCACCAAGCACCCAGAUGGCCAUCCCAUUCCCCGACGGAAGAAUAAUCGGUGGCAAGACAGUCAGCAUUUCCGACUACAAGUACCAAGUGUCCCUGCUGUACCGCAACAGCCACAUCUGCGGCGCCACCAUCCUCGCCUCCCAAUGGGUCGUCACCGCCGCCCACUGCACCGACGGCUCCUCCGCCUCCUCCUUGUCCGUAAGAGUCGGCAGUUCGGUACGCAACUCCGGCGGCCAGGUGAUCGCCGUCAGCGCCAUCCACCAGCACCCGAGCUACAACAGCAGAACCAUCGACUACGACAUCUCCAUCUUGCGACUGGCGUCCGCCAUCACCAACAGCAACGCCGCCCCCAUCGGUCUGGCCUCCAGCCUCCCGUCCACCGGCGCAACCGCCACCAUCACCGGCUGGGGCACCACCUCCGAGGGAGGCAGCGCCGCCAACAACCUGCAAAUGGUGCAGGUGCCGAUCGUGGCCGCCUCCACGUGCAAGUCGGCCUACGGCAGCUCCGCCAUCACCGACAGGAUGCUGUGCGCCGGUCUGACUCAGGGAGGCAAGGACGCUUGCCAGGGUGACUCCGGCGGCCCGUUGGUCGUCAACAACGUACUCACCGGCAUCGUGUCUUGGGGAUACGGAUGCGCCCGUCCCAACUACCCCGGAGUAUACUCCAGCGUGCCGGCACUUAGAUCUUACAUCAAACAAAUCACUGGAUUUACUGUCAAUGGACACUUCGGUACUAUUAGCAGUGGGCACUUCGGUACUAUUAGCAGUGGACACUUCGGUCAUAUUCUUAAUAGGAACUUCGGUACUACUAAUGGGCAAUUUGGUACUAUUAUCGAUGUGUGCUUCGGUACUAUUUAUGGGAAGUUUGGUACUAUUAGCAACGGGCACUUCGGUUCUAUUAGCAAUGGGCACUUCGGUAUUGUUGGCAAUGGGCAGUUCGGUACUAUUACCAAUGGGCACUUCGGUACUAUUAUUAAUAGGUACUUCGGUACUAUUAGCAAUAGGCAGUUCGGUACUAUUACCAAUGGGCACUUCGGUACUAUUAUUAAUGGACACUUCGAACCGUCCAAUAUAUCGUUCAAUAUGUUUCGAGGUGUUUAUUUGUUGUUAGUGGUGUUCUCCAUAACAGUUUUGGCAAAACCAGGAAAACAUUUGCGGACACCAUAUUUGCCCAGAAUUGUUGGAGGUCAAGAUGCUGAUAUUGUAGAUUAUCCUUACCAAAUAUCCCUGUUAUAUAACGGGAAUCAUGCAUGUGGAGGCUCCAUCUUAAAUGAGAAUUACAUCCUUACGGCAGCACAUUGCACUUACGAUGUUACUCCAAGUGAACUGAAGGUACGAGCCGGCUCUUCAGUCAUCAACACUGGAGGAACCGUGGUAAGCGUGGCCAAAAUUUACUACCACAGCCUUUUCGACAUAAACACCUACGACUAUGACGUCUCCGUUUUGGUGCUGGCUGAACCCCUGCAGUUCGGCCCCGGGGUCCAACCCAUCCCCAUGAUCGACGAAGGGGUUGAAAUCUCCGAUGGGGUGGACGCUGUGGCCACUGGAUGGGGGCUGACGUCGAACAACGGACGUCCCUCCACUCAACUGCAGAAGGUCGUGGUACCCACUAUUAGUACCAAGACUUGCGAGCAAUUUUAUGGAAGUGGAGCUGAUGGAGUAACGUCCAGGAUGUUUUGUGCUGGGGAAGCUGGCAAAGACACUUGUCAGGGUGACUCCGGAGGUCCAAUUGUUGUGGAUGGUAUUUUAAUAGGUCUUACUUCCUGGGGAGACGUUUGUGGAAACGCAAACACACCUGGUGUUUAUACAAAGAUAUCUCUAUUUAGAAACUACAUUGACAACAUUGUGAAAUGACCAAUUUGAUCAAGUGGAAUAAAAUAAAUGCUCAUUUAUGUUAAAA